AUGCAGGGGAACAGGCAGCCGAGGGUCCGCUCCGGGAACGAGCCUCAUCCUGCGCCCGCCAUGGAGCCGGCUGGUCGCGGCGCCUGGGCCCACAGCCGCGCCGCGCUCUACCGGCUGGAGAAGCUGCUGCGCUGCUCGCGUUGCACUAAUAUUCUGAGGGACCCUGUGUGUUUAGGAGGAUGUGAGCACAUCUUCUGUAGUAAUUGUGUAAGUGACUGCAUUGGAACCGCAUGUCCAGUGUGUUACACCCCAGCCUGGAUACAAGAUGUGAAGAUAAAUAGACAAUUGGACAACAUGAUCCAGCUUUGUAGUAAGCUUCGAAAUUUGCUACAUGACACUGAUUUUUCAGAUGUGAAAGAAGAAACAUCUAGGAAAAGUUUAUUUAGUGAUGCAGAAUAUAAGAAGAAUUCAAUAAAAAUGUGGUUUAGUCCUCGAAGUAAGAAGGUCAGGUAUGUUGUGAGUAAAGUUUCAGUGCAGACUCAUCCUCCUGUGAUAAACGAUGAAAAUGCUCAGCAGGCCUCCAUGUACGAAUUUGUCUCUACAAGCCCUCCAGUGGAUGUUUCUGAGAGAGCUAAGAAGGCUUCCACAAAAUCUGGGAAAAAAAAGAAAAAGAAAACUUUGGCUGAAAUCAACCAAAAAUGGAAUUUACACGCAGAAAAAGAAGACGGUAAACCUGACUCCGAAGAGGAAUUUAAGGAAAAGCUAGUAUCCUUCUGUAGCCAACCAUCUGUUAUUGCUAGUCCGCAGAUAAAUGCUAAAGUAGACUUACUAGCGAGUGGCUCCAUAACAAAAUCUGAAUGUUCUAGAAGCUUAACUGAAGUCUCUUUACCAUUGGCUGAGCACAUUGAGUCUCCAGAAAUUGAGAGCAGGAAUGAAGUAGUGACUCCUGAGAAGACUCUCUGUGAAAGCGAUCUUACGUCUAAGAAAUCCUUGCCAUCAGGUCAUAAUGGGAAACGUGGGCGUCGCAAGAGACUUUCCAGUUCUGUUUCUAAGAGACGUAGAAGCAGCAGUCCGAGCACCAGUGGAAAUUCUAUUAAGCAAACAGUGCUCUCAAAAAACAUGCCAUUGCCUGGAUGUUCUUCACCACCUUCAAAGAAACUUAAAGUUGGUGACACAGUGAGGAGGAAAAGCAGUAAUAUAUUAGAUGAAUCCAUUAGCCCUUCACCAGGUACGCCCCCUUCUACACUGAAUAGUCCAAGUUACAGACGAAUGAUGUGUAGUCCCUCAGCAAUGAAGCUAUCGCCCAGUAGUCUUAUGGCUAUGAAAAGAAAUCAUCGAGGAGAGACUUUGCUCCAUAUUGCUUCAAUUAAGGGCGACAUACCUUCUGUUGAAUACCUCUUACAAAACGGAAGUGACCCGAAUGUUAAGGACCAUGCUGGAUGGACACCAUUGCACGAAGCCUGCAAUCACGGGCACCUGAAGGUGGUGGAAUUGCUGCUCCAGCACAAGGCGUUGGUGAACACCACUGGGUAUCAGAAUGACUCACCUCUUCACGACGCAGCCAAGAAUGGGCACGUGGAUAUAGUCAAGCUGUUACUCUCCUAUGGAGCCUCCAGGAGCGCGGUUAACAUAUUUGGUCUGCGGCCUGUGGAUUAUACAGACAGUGAAAAUAUGAAAUCGCUGUUGCUGCUACCAGAGAAGAAUGAAUCAUCAUCAACUAGCCAUUGUUCAGUAGUAAACACUGGUCAGCGCAGGGAUGGGCCUCUUGUACUUAUAGGCAGUGGACUUUCUUCAGAACAACAGCAAAUGCUCAGUGAGCUUGCAGCAAUUCUUAAGGCUAAAAAAUGUGCUGAGUUUGACAGUACAGUAACUCAUGUCAUUGUUCCUGGUGAUACAGUUCAAAGCACCCUGAAAUGUAUGCUUGGGAUUCUCAGUGGUUGCUGGAUCCUAAAAUUUGAAUGGGUGAAAGCAUGUCUACAAAGAAAAGAAUAUGAACAGGAAGAAAAGUAUGAAAUUCCUGAAGGACCACAUAGAAGCAGGCUCAACAGAGAACAGCUGUUGCCAAAGCUGUUUGAUGGAUGCUAUUUCUAUUUUGGGGGAACCUUCAAACACCAUCCAAAGGACAGCCUUAUUAAGCUUGUCACUGCGUCUGGGGGACAGAUCCUCAGUAGAAAGCCCAAGCCAGACAGUGACGUGACUCAAACCAUCAAUACAGUCGCGUACCAUGCCAAACCUGAUUCUGAUCAGCACUUCUGCACACAGUAUAUCAUCUAUGAGGAUUUGUCUAAUCAUCGCCCAGAGAGAGUUAGGCAGGGCAAAGUCUGGAUGGCUUCUUCCAGCUGGUUUAUAGAUUGUGUGAUGUCCUUUGAGUUGAUCCCUCUUGACAACUGAAUCCUAUACCAGAUGUACAUUUCAAAUUGAACUUACACAGUGUGAGAGCCCAGUGACUGCACUGUUUUGAUCAUUCACAUUUUUACAAAUAGGUGGACUCAUUCAUACAUUUUUUUGCCUUGAAUUAAAAAAAAACCAAAUUGCCAGAUUAUGAAUUCACUCUAUGUUUACCAUUUAGAUGCGGAGAUUGCUUUAAGGGAUUUUUCUUUUUAAAACUGGCAUAUGUGUUGAUUCAUCAUGUCUUUCUAUUCACAUUAUCAGCUGUCAAAGAUUAAUGAGAGGGGAUCAGAACUGUUGGUUAAACAUACAAGUGGUGUUAUGUCUCACCCUUUUAAUGUUCUUUGAUGAAAAAAAUCCACACCUGCCACCAGCAAAAAUACUUGCCUUCGUUUAGUAAGCAAAUAAUAUUGUCAAAUAAUUUAUUCUGGCUUUGUUAUAAUGAAAAUAGAUUACCUGGUCUAAAUUUGCCACCAUAGGUGUUAAAUUCUUCUCCUGUCUACAGUUGUAUUUAUUUUGCUACUUAUAA